AUGGGUAGGGGGAGAGUGGAAUUGAAGAGGAUUGAGAACAAGAUUAAUCGACAGGUAACAUUUGCGAAACGAAGAAAUGGGUUGCUCAAGAAAGCCUACGAACUCUCUGUUCUGUGUGAUGCCGAGGUUGCUCUUAUCAUCUUUUCUAACCGGGGGAAGCUCUAUGAGUUCUGCAGCACCUCCAAUAUGCUCAAAACACUUGAAAGGUAUCAGAAGUGCAGUUAUGGUUCUCUGGAAGUCAACAAUUCAACCAGAGAACUUGAGGAAAGCAACUAUCGGGAAUAUUCGAAACUGAAGUCUAAAUAUGAGUCGCUACAACGAUAUCAAAGACAUCUUCUUGGGGAUGAGUUGGGACCUCUAAAUAUCAAUGAUCUUGAGCAUCUGGAGCAUCAACUAGAGACAUCCCUCAAGCAUAUUAGAUCCACAAGGACACAGAUUAUGCUCGAUGAACUUUCCGAUCUUCAAGCCAAGGAAAAGAUGAUGGUUGAGACUAAUACGGUUCUCAAGAGGAAGCUGGAAGAAAUUUAUGCUGCAAAUCAUGUGCAGCAAUCCUGGGGUGGUGGUGAGCAAAGCUGUGCAUAUGGCCAACAGCAUCCUCAAUCUCAUGCCUUUUUUCAACCAUUGGAAUGCAAUUCUUCUUUGCAAAUUGGAUACAAUAAUCCUGGAAGUUCAAGCCAAAUGACUGCUAUCAAUUCAGAUGUUCAGAAUGUGAAUGGCUUGCUCCCAGAACGCGGUGCCUCCAAUUUCAGUUGCGAAUGCUCAAGAUCAUCUUUUCGAAAUUAUUUUCCUCGGCAGCAAGGUUGA